ACCAAAACAAGCAAUCGUCUGUAUUUCUACCAUUUUCUUCUUCUGCCACACACCAGGCUCAAAAGCAUUUUCAGUUUCAUUUUUAGCGUGAGUGACAUAACAUGUUGGAUGUGUUUUGUGUAAAGGUGUAAGCUCUAUAAUGGAACUGCCUGAGGGGUUAGAUGAGGGUAUCCCUCCCUCCAUAAUAACUGCAUUUGGAGAACAUGACUGCAGGACCAAAGCUCAAAGGCCAGGACAGCAGACACAGGAGAGACCAGCUUCUCCUGUACCCAGCUGUGUGUCCAUGAAGAGCAACAUGUCAAUAGAGCCACCAAUUGGUUUGAAAGGACAUCAUUCUUCUGAAACAGAGUAUGUCAACAAGUUUAUCAUCUUAUCACCUGAAAGGAAGCAGCUGUACAGACCAGUCUCUCCUGUAUCCAGCUGUGUGUCCAUGAAGAGCAACAUGUCAAGAGAGCCACCUCUUGGUUUGAAAGGACAUCAUUCUUCUGAGACAGAUCCAGAACAGCUGCAAAGACCAGUCUCUCCUGUAUCCAGCUGUGUGUCCAUGAAGAGCAACAUGUCAAGAGAACAACCUCUUGGCUUGAAAGGACAUCAUUCUUCUGAAACAGAACUUCAACAGCAGACAUCAGAGAUCCAUAGUGGUCAAUCUGCCCUUGAGAGUCAAACAGACUCUGUAUUUAUGCUGCUUGAGGAGAGCAUUAUCACUUUUGUGAGGAAGGAGCUAAAGAGGAUGCAGAAGGUUCUUAGCUCAGAGUGUUUGGAUGAAGAGAUGAUGGAUGGUGAGGAGGAAGAGGACCUGAGGAACAGCAGAGAGGCAUUUCUAAAAAUCGCACUGCACUUCCUGAGGACAAUAAAGCAGGAGAAGCUGGCUGACCGUCUACAGAGCAAGACUCCUGCCAUGUGCCAGCGGAAACUCAAACGUGGUUUGCAGCAGAAGUUUCAGUGUCUGUUUGAGGGCAUCGCUAAAACAGGAAACCCAACACUUCUGAAACAGAUCUUCACAGAGCUCUACAUCACAGAGGGAGGGACUGCAGAGGUCAAUAAUGAACAUGAGGUCAGGCAGAUUGAAACAGCUUUCAGGAAACCAGCCAGACCAGAGACCACAAUCAUAUGCGAACACAUCUUUCAACCCUUGCCAGGAAGAGAUGAACCGAUCAGAACCGUGAUGACAAAGGGAGUGGCUGGCAUUGGGAAAACAGUCUUAACACAGAAGUUCACUCUGGACUGGGCUGAAGACAAAGCCAACCAGGACAUACACUUCACAUUUCCAUUCACUUUCCGAGAGUUGAAUCUGCUGAAAGGGAAAAAGUACAGCUUGGUGAAACUCAUUCAUCACUUCUUCGGUGAAACUAAAGAAGCAGGAAUCUGCAGGUUUGAAGAGUUCCAGGUUGUGUUCAUCUUUGACGGUCUGGAUGAGUGUCGACUUCCUCUGGACUUCCACAACAAUGAGGACCUGACUGAUGUUACAGAGUCCACCUCAGUGGAUGUGCUGCUGACAAACCUCAUCAGGGGGAAACUGCUUCCCUCUGCUCGCCUCUGGAUAACCACACGACCUGCAGCAGCCAAUCAGAUCCCUCCUGAGUGUGUCGGCAUGGUGACAGAGGUCAAAGGGUUCACUGACCCACAGAAGGAGGAGUACUUCAGGAAGAGAUUCAGAGAUGAGGAGCAGGCCAGCACCAUCAUCUCCCACAUCAAGACAUCACGAAGCCUCCACAUCAUGUGCCACAUCCCAGUCUUCUGCUGGAUCACUGCUACAGUUCUGGAGGAUGUGUUGAAAAGCAGAGAGAGAGGAGAGCUGCCCAAGACCCUGACUGAGAUGUACAUCCACUUCCUGUUGGUGCAAGCCAAAAUGUGGAACGACAAGUAUUACGUUGGAGCUGAGACAGAUCCACACUGGAAUCCAGGGAGCAGGAACAUGAUUUUGUCUCUGGGAAAACUGGCUUUUGAGCAGCUGCAGAAAGGAAACCUGAUCUUCUAUGAAUCAGACCUGACAGAGUGUGGCAUCGAUAUCACAGCAGCCUCAGUGUAUUCAGGAGUGUUCACACAGAUCUUCAAAGAGGAGAAAGGGCUGUACCAAGAGAAGGUGUUCUGCUUCGUCCAUCUGAGCAUUCAGGAGUUUCUGGCUGCUCUUUACGUCUUUCUGACUUUCACAGACUCUGGUAUCAAUCGCUUGUCCCAGUCGAAACCCUGGUGGUCCAAACUACUAAAAGACCAGCUUAAACUAUCAUAUCUCUUCCAAAGUGCUGUGAACAUGGCUUUACAGAGUCCAAAUGGUCACCUGGAUCUGUUCCUCCGCUUCCUCCUGGGUCUUUCACUGCAUACCAAUCAGACUCUCCUACGCGGCCUCACAACACAGAGAGGAAUUAGUUCACAGAGCAACCAGGAAACAGCCCAGUACAUCAAGAGUGUGAUCAGGACGAAUCUCUCUCCGGAGCGAAGUAUCAAUCUGUUCCACUGUCUGAAUGAACUGAAUGAUCGUUCUCUAGUGGAGGAAAUCCAACAGUACCUGAGAUCAGGAAGUCUCAGCACAGACAAGUUGUCUCCUGCUCAGUGGUCAGCUCUGGUCUUCAUCUUACUGUCAUCAGAGAAGGAGCUGGAUGUGUUUGACCUGAAGAAAUACUCAGCCACUGAGGAGGGUCUUCUGAGGCUGCUGCCAGUGGUCAAAGCCUCCAAUAAGUCUCUGCUGAGUGGUUGUAACCUGUCAGAGAAAAGCGGUGAAGGUCUGGCAUCUGUUCUGAGCUCUGGUAGUCUGAGAGACUUGGAUCUGUGUAACAACAACCUGCAGGACUCUGGAGUGAUGCUGCUCUCUGCUGGACUCAAGAAUCCACAGUGUCGACUGGAAACACUGAGGUUGAACCAAAACAAUCUAACAGAGAAUUGCUGUCAGGAGUUAGCAUCAGUUCUCAGCAGCAAGUCGUCCAGUUUGAGAGAGCUGGACAUGAGUUACAAUGACCUGCAGGACUCAGGGGUGAAGCUGCUUUCUGUCGGACUGGAGAGUCCACACUCUACAGUGAAAACACUCAGGCUGAGUGGCUGUAAUCUAUCAGAGAGAGGUGACGCUCUGGCCUCAGUCCUGAGCUCUGAGUCCUCUAGUCUGAGAGACCUGGACUUGAGUAACAACGAUCUGCAGGAUUCAGGGGUGAAGCUGUUCUCUGUUGGACUGGAGAGUCCACACUGUAGACUGGAAACUCUGAGGUUAAACAAAACAAGGCUCACUGAGAAAUGCUGCCAGGAGUUCUCAUCAGUUCUCAGCAGCAAGUCCUCUACUCUGAAAGUGUUGGACUUGAGUGACAAUGACCUGCAGGAUUCAGGAAUGAAACUGCUCUCUGUUGGAUUGGAUGAUCCAUAUUGCCCACUCCAAACGCUCAGGUUGAAUCAAACCAAUCUCACAGAGGUAUGCUGCCAGGAGAUCUCAUCAGUUCUCAGCUCUGAGUCUUCCACUCUGAAGGAGCUGGAUCUCGGUAACAAUGAUCUGCGGGAUUCAGGAGUGAAACUGCUGACUGUUGGACUGGGAAGUCAACACUGCUCGCUGGAAAAUAUCAGGCUCAGUGGCUGUAAGCUAUCAGAAAGAAGCUGCGAAGAUCUGGCCUCAGUUCUCAGCCGCCAGUCUUCAAGUCUGAGAGAGCUCGAUCUGAGUAACAACAACCUGCAGGACCCAGGAGUGAAGCAGCUCUCUGUUGGACUGAAGAGUUCACACUGCACACUGGAAACUCUCAGAUUGAGUCAAACUACACUCACAGAGAAAUGCUGUCAGGAGUUCUCAUCAGUUCUCAGCUCCAAGUCUUCUACCCUCAGAGAGAUGGACCUGAGUAACAAUGACCUGCAGGACUCAGGAGUGAAGAUGCUCUCUGCUGGACUUCGGAGUCAAAACUGUGGACUUGAGACAUUCAGGUUGUCAGGCUGUCUGAUCACAGAGGAAGGAUGUGCUUCUCUGGCUCCAGCUCUGAGCUCCAACCCCUCCCAUCUGAGAGAGCUGGACCUGAGCUACAAUCACCCAGGAGACUCGAGUAUAAAUCUACUCUCUUCUGCACUAGAAGAUCAACGCUGGAGACUGGAAUCACUCAGUGUGGAUCAUGGUGGCGUGCAAUGGCUGAAAUCUGGUCUGAGGAAGUAUUCGUGCGAACUCACAUUGGACCCAAACACAACACACAAAAACGUCGUCCUGUCUGACAACAACAGAAAGGUGAUGCUGUCGGCAGAGAAGCAGCCAUAUCCCGAACACCCCGACAGAUUCGACUGGUGCUAUCAGGUGCUGUGCACAACAGGUCUGAGUGGUCGCUGUUACUGGGAGGUGGACUGGGAAACGGGGGUCGACAUUGGAGUGACUUACAGAGGACUCAGAAGGAGAGGGGCUAGAGAUGGCAGCAGGCUUGGGUGGAAUGAGAAGUCAUGGAGUCUAGAGCUCACUGAUAAAUGUUACUAUGCCUGGCACAAUAACAUAAGAACAGCUCUUCUCACGCCUCCUUCCUCUUCCUCUAACAGAGUUGGAGUGUAUCUGGACUGGCCUGCUGGCUCUCUGUCCUACUACAGUGUCUCAUCUGAUUCACUGAGCCACCUGUACACCUUCCACUGCCCCUUCACUGAACCCCUCUACCCUGGUUUUGGGUUUUUGUCACUUGAUUCAUCAGUGUCUUUGUGUUAGGACAUGCCAACAUAUGCAUGCUCACAAUGACAAUGCUAACAUGCUGAUGCUAAGUUGGUAUAAUGGGGGCAGCUAAGAUAUUUCAGUCUGGACCAAAGUGAAAAACAGACAUUGCAAUCCCCACAGAGACUUCCCAAAAACAGCUUAGCUUUAGCUGAAUGACAAUGUGUUUUUGACAUUAUCUAAAAACCGCACCUUUGUGUAAUAAUUAAUACUUGUAUAUAUCUGUAUAUUAUAUAAAGAAAUACUAUCAAAUAUUUCCUAAAUGGGUGGCACGUUAUCUUACAGGGCUUUGCAGCUUAAUGUGUCACAUGUACAGUUUGUUUU